GAUUAGGGCGCCAGACUAGGGUAGUAAGAACCAGAACGAUAAAUAACGGGACAGAUAUCUAUGUGGCUGUUUAGGUUCCUUCUCCUCUUUUCUGAUGCUGGCUGUUACGCUGUCAAUCGGUAGCAAGUAAAUAUCUUACCUAACUUAGAUAUCAACACUAAGGUAUUUUCCAAGUGCAUCUGCUGUUUUGCCUUGCAACUUCAUCUUCAACCCUGGUCCCUUGUCCCUCGUCCCUUCCUGCCCUCUGCCGGAGACGCACAACAGGCAGGCGUACAACACUUCAAAGCUACGGUCGUACUUGCUUGUGAUCUGCUCAACUGGCUACACCUGCCAGCUAGGUAGAUACGAGGGCUCCCAGUCACCUAGCUCCAGCACCAUCAGCGGCAUCAGCCUUGUUUUAACUGACACUGUCCGCUGGCCCACCGGUGUGCCGUUCCACGAGGCCUCAUUCAUUCUUGUCCUCGCUCUAUUGUUACCGCACGCCUCAUUACCAUUCUCAGCUCUAUUUUCCGGCCAAGGAUACCAGUCCUGCUGUCAACAGUGCUAACCUGCAUAUACUUUCUAUAGAGGAUGUUUACGGCGGUAUAAACACGACAACCCAAGUCGACCAGGCUUUCCGCCAGCUGUCUCAAUUGAUUGGACUGCGACUAUAUCAUUCCGUUUGCACGCACCCACCACGCACAUCCUGUUACCUCUCUCACUCUCUCUUUCUCGCCUCCCGGGGGGCAGUGCCGGCAUUGUUUCCUUUUGGAUUUGACUUGACCAGUGUGUGCUGUCUCCGCCAUUUGUUUUUGUUCUGGUUCUCCGUCAACGCAAUGUCUAGUGGUAACCUGCAUCAACAGCAGCCUGACUGCAAGCAGCCUAGGCCUCAUUGGUUCGCUGGGGAGCUUUCAUCGCCUUCCGUGGCAUCUUCUGGCCGCUCUCCGUCAUUGACCAGUCUUGAGUCCGUUUCUUCUCUUGAUAGUGUGUCAGAAUCGGCCUUGAAGACACCAACAGCACCGGCAAACUGGCGUGCUGAUUCCAACGAGACAAAAGAAGCUGCAGGCACGACCGACCAAGUAGUAAAUAAGCCAGGCAGGCGUCACAACUUUCGUCAGGGCUCUCCAUCUUCUCUGUUCACCAGUUCUGGUGCUGCGACUCCGACAUCGUCUCAUCGCAUCCCUUCGGUAGUGAACCCAACUUCUCAGAACGCGGGUAUUCAUGCGCCAAAACCCUCUGUUGAAAGGGAACGACACGAAGAAGAUCCUGCUGGCAGUUGCGGAGCACGCGAUCCUGACUGUUUUGAUUCAGUUAGUGGUGUUGGGUCCAGGCUCGACACUGAUUGUGAACAAGGCCACAGAGCUCACGAGUUCUCUUUUGUUGACGAUAACAGCCUGAAGGCAUCUUCAGGGCUUGUAUCACCUAGCUUUUCUCCCCAAGCUGGAUACAGGAGAAAGUAUUCACAUGAGCGUGACAGAAAAGCCCAUAUUUUGCAGCAGUUUGAGAGUAUCAGAGGUGUUUGGCCGUCGGAUUCUGUAACUGCUCCGUCACACAAUACAAGCGGGUCCAGCCUCCUUUUCAAAGGUCCCAUCGCAAAGAACAUCGCCGAGAUCAAAUCUAAGCUCGCAUUCGCUGGGCUUCUUGCCUCAACGGCCCUUUCUCAGCCAGCAGACAGGCACAACUACACCACCCCCCGUCCUCCUUCCCCGAGCAUCGGCUCGGACACUACAAUAAGGGCGGCCCCGCAUCAGCUGACCACAUAUUCCGGCCAAUCAACAGAGGUCACAUCACCAGCAAUACAAACAACAGGCAGUGCCCCGAAUACCUCCGAGCCAUUGUCCUCCGUUCCGGACCCACUUUCCGGAGGCAUAAAUAUCUCCUUCGGGCAGCUCCCGAACUUGAACUCAGAUUCCUCUUUUUCUUUUGAUGAGCAACAGCAACAGCAACAGCAACAAAAAUCGUCCAAGCAUCUUGAAAAAGAAGAAAUGUCUGGCUCCGUCGCGGGUAGCGUUGGCGCUGGCGAGCAGAUGCGUCUGUCUGGUGGUGUGAGUGGAAGAGGGCAGCUUCCUGCCAGCACUGCCGGCCCCUUUGGUGGUCGCGCGAGAGGCAUUGACAACUGGCGCCAGCGAGCGCAGUCCCCGCCCCAGCCCAGGACCGGCAAUGGUAUAUAUCUAUUCAACCUCAAUCAUCUGAGCCAAGCUGAUCAGUAUAUAGAUACAACCUCUUCUCCUUCUCUGGGCGCGGUCCUUGCUCCCGCCAAUGGCAACUUUGCUGCUUGCCCCUCCCAGGGGUACAACCCUGGCUUCUCUUCGCCUGUUGCGCCGCGCUCUCCCACCUUGGCGUCUUUUUCUUCUGCCCCGACCCGUCCCGCCGUCCUGUCCCCUGCUGCCCGGCAGCAGUUCACUCCUUUCCCCGGCCCAUCCGCCGCCACCAGCAUCUUUUCGCCUGGCACUCCGACCGUCUCUGCCGGCCUCAGUUUUAGUGACUUUGCCGGUGGCUCCAGCUUGUCGCCCGUCGGCUUCUCUGGUGCUCCCAGCUUUGUCGACCCGUCUGGUUUCGCCUCUCUGUCGCUCUCUCACCCCGCGGCCGCCCGCCAAGGCCAGCUCGCCCAUCUGCGAAUGAUGGGUGAUGCUGGGACUGGCAAUCUUUUCUCGGCCCCGACAUCCCAGCCUCAGGGGCUGUACGGAGUCCCUUCGUCUUCUGCCGGUGGUGGUGGCUCGGCCACGAGCCCAACCACGACCGCUCCCCCGGCGAUCCCGGCCCGGCGCCCCCAGAACUGGGAUCUGGCUCAGUACCAGAGCCAGUAUCUGGUCACCAUCGGCCCUGAUACCCAGGGAUACUGUUUUGUCCGCCCUGACGGCAGCCGGACCCGACUGGUGCCCGUUGACAUGCUCCCAUUCUCGCUCGUUGGGCUUCCGCCUUCGGAGAACGACAAUGACAAGUUGAUUGAGUUGGUGAUUCCCACCGGUAUGGACCGACUUUGCAAGAAUAGCAAUAUUGAGCGGGCGGUUGUUCAGUCCCCCCCUAAUCGCCAUCAAGACCCCAUCCAGGCUUCUUCUGCUGCCGCCACUACCGGUUCCGGUCCGACUUCCCCUUCUGCCGCACAGCCUAGAAAGAUCAAGGUCUAUUGCGACAAGUGGGUUCACGAGGGGACCUGCGCGUUCACCCAACAAGGAUGCAAGUACAAGCACGAGAUGCCUAUGGACAAGGCCACACAGCACAGUUUGGGGCUGUUUCAUGGUUUGCCUACCUGGUGGAAGAAGAGGCAGGCAGAGCUGUCUCGCGAGAGCGAGCGGGGUCCUCUGGAGCGCGGUGGCGGUGUUUCCGUUGGUGGAAGGUUUGCUACGGGCGGUUCUGGUGGCGUCACCGGCACUGGCGCUGGCGCCGGUGCUGGUGCUGAAGGUGGUCACAGACGAUAUGGUUCGAGCUGGUCGCGCUGGGACAGUGGGAGUGGUGGAAGCGGUGUGGGGAGCGCAUCUGGUAUGCGCCGCGGUUCUUCUUCUACUGGUAGUGAGUCUGGUUUCCAUUCUUUCAACUGGAGAGAGCGUCACCCGGCCCCGGGGUAAUAAGCAGAUGGUGUCGUUUCUUUUUGUUGCUCCCCCAAUCUGAAGGUGGUGCGGUUGGCGUUUUCGUUUGCUUAUAUAAAGAAGAAUACCCCGCGGUAUAGUAUAUACCCCAAACGGUUUGACAGCGUUGAAGGGGUGUGGACGAUUGGGCGGGAUGUGAUUUGGUGUCUGCGAGUGCAGUUGUAGUUGUGUACUGACCGAGUGAAUAAUGUGGUUUUUGGGAUGUUUGUGUCGCUGGUGAAGUUUCAUCAGUGUGUGGAGAUUGUGGAGGGGGUACAACCGCACGACAACCCGAAAAUACGACUUCGUCAACGGCCUUUACGACCAAGUAAUCCUCCAACUGCUUGUCACAAUCUUGCGCCCUGCAUCGACUACCGUCUCUGUGAUCCUUCUUCAACAUCUCAAUUUGCUUGACUGUUAUUAUGGACAUCAUACCCUCGCAAAACCAAGAGUCCACCGUAUCGACAUUCAUGGAGACAUUCGACUGCCGGAUGUCUUCUAAUCUCAUCAAGACCGCGAGAAAUAUUCGCCAGCCUGAUGUUUCAAUCGUUAGUUACCAAGUCGACUUUUACUUCCCAGCGGAAAGCAUGGUCAAACCUGCUUGGAAAGAGCAACUUUGUGGAAGAUCGCAGUUCGCCAGACUUUUUGUCAAUGGAAUGAGAAGUCUUUGUCGUAGCUCUUUACACAAAUCAAAAUUUCUGUCCCCUUCUUUUCUGGGGUAUUAUUAGGGACGCGAUUAUCGGAGAGGCAACACAAAGUUUAUCACUGGAGAUUACUUUCUCUCGUCACCUCGACACUAUCUAAGCUUCGACCAUCUCAGUCUAGACGAGCUUUUGAUUAGUUGUUGGACAUCUCGACGACCACAUCCUCCCAUCACUAUAACAACACUAUCAAGAUCACGACGAAGAUGAACACGUUCUGGGGUGGGCUAGUCGUGGUCCUGGCUGUCCGAUCCCCGAGAGACCACCCGCCUCCCAACUUUGGCCCUGUCGGCUCAGAGAGACGCCAUGUGCCUAUCCGCCACGGCGAGGUCAAUGAUGAGGAUUCGGAGAGGAACUCGGUUGUGAGUGAGGGGAGGAGUGUUACGGGUAUGAUGAUUAUUAGUCCUGGUAGGGCUUAAUGGAUAUGAGAACAAGAAAUUGGGCGAUGAUUUGAUGACGAUAAAAUGGGUUUGGAAUUGCAUGGAAACAAGGAUCAGUAUGGAAUAUGGUUCGGAAAAUAUGGGUUAUGGAUGAUGGAUUACGGGGAAAUGUUUUGUGGGUUUUUGUUGUUUUCUUUUUGCUUAUAUUUUCUAUCUUGGAAGCAUUAAAUAGCUUUGUGCUCACGCAUGGGAAUAGUUUGGGAGAUGUGUAUGUUAGGGUAGUUGACAUAGAGUUUGAGUUCUCUGAUUUUGAGAG